AGAGAGAGAGAGAGAGAGGGGCGUACGUUAACCACCGUGCGCCUUCAUAUUGUUUCCCUAAGUCCCUCGUCUUACCCUUCCUCACCACACACACCACCCUCUUUCUCUCUCUAAAAAAUAAAUUUGAUUAAAAAAAGGAAAACAAAAAGGGCAAAAAAAAAAAAAAAAAAAAAAAAGGAAAGAAAAAAGAAAACCAGAGCCAGAGAGAGAAACCGAAGAAACCACAGAGAGCAAACCAAGAAAGAAUGAAGCAGAGUUCGUCUUCUGAGGCUGUUUCAUCGUCAUCGUCUUCUUCAUCUUCAUCUUCGACCGUUCUAUCCGAACAAUCACAGCUCGCCACCUCAUCGUCGUCGUCAUCGUCUUCGCCUUCGGCUUCGGCGACGGAGAAAACCCCGUCAAUAUCAGCGGCGGCGGCGGAGGACCUUGCCGUCGGGUCCAGAGAUGGUGGAGGGGCACAGGAAACGGUGACCGUUGAUCGGCGCGGGGAGUUCUCAGCUGUUUGCCGAUGGACGGUUCAGAAUUUUCCGAGAAUCAAGGCUAGGGCACUGUGGAGCAAGUACUUUGAGGUAGGAGGCUACGAUUGCCGACUCCUCGUGUACCCUAAAGGUGACCCUCAGGCUUUGCCAGGUUACAUCUCUAUCUACCUCCAAAUCAUGGACCCUCGCGGCACAUCUUCUUCCAAAUGGGACUGUUUUGCUAGUUACCGUUUGGCCAUCGUCAACCUCCUCGACGAUUCCAAGACCAUUCAUCGGGAUUCGUGGCAUCGUUUCUCCAGCAAGAAGAAAUCUCACGGUUGGUGCGAUUUCACACCCUCUUCCACUGUGUUCGAUUCCAAACUGGGUUAUCUGUUCAAUAACGAUUCGGUUCUCAUAACCGCUGAUAUUUUAAUCUUGAAUGAGACCGUUAAUUUCACGCGCGACAACAACGAACUGCAAUCAUCGGCCUCGUCGAUGAUGAUGAUGUCCUCGUCGGUUGUCGCGGGUCCAGUGUCCGACGUGUUGAGCGGUAAGUUCACUUGGAAAGUGCAUAAUUUCAGUCUAUUUAAGGAGAUGAUUAAAACCCAGAAGAUAAUGAGCUCGGUUUUCCCUGCUGGGGAGUGUAACUUGAGAAUUAGUGUGUACCAGAGCUCUGUUAAUGGAGUCGACUAUUUAUCCAUGUGUUUGGAGAGCAAGGAUACGGAGAAGACGGUCCUGUUGUCUGAUAGGAGUUGCUGGUGUUUGUUUAGAAUGUCGGUUCUGAAUCAAAAGCCUGGGUCCAAUCAUAUGCAUAAGGACUCUUAUGGGCGGUUUGCGGCUGAUAAUAAGAGUGGUGAUAAUACUAGUUUGGGUUGGAAUGAUUAUAUGAAGAUGUCAGAUUUUGUUGGGUCCGAUUCCGGGUUUUUGGUGGAUGAUACUGCUGUAUUUAGUACGUCAUUUCAUGUCAUUAAGGAGUUCAGUAGCUUCUCCAAGAAUGGGGGAUUGAUUGGAGGAAGGAGUGGAAGUGGGGCUAGGAAAUCAGAUGGGCAUAUGGGGAAGUUCACUUGGAGGAUUGAAAAUUUCACAAGGUUGAAGGAUCUUUUGAAGAAGAGAAAGAUAACGGGUCUUUGCAUCAAGAGCAGGAGGUUUCAGAUAGGAAAUAGGGACUGCCGCCUCAUUGUUUAUCCUCGAGGGCAGUCUCAGCCACCAUGCCACCUUUCGGUUUUUCUGGAAGUUACAGAUUCACGAAACACUUCAAGUGAUUGGAGUUGUUUUGUGAGUCAUCGAUUGUCGGUUGUAAACCAGAGAAUGGAAGAGAAGUCUGUAACAAAGGAAUCUCAAAAUCGUUACUCCAAAGCUGCAAAGGACUGGGGUUGGCGUGAGUUUGUGACACUUACUAGUCUCUUCGAUCAAGAUUCAGGGUUUCUUGUUCAGGAUACUGUUGUAUUCUCUGCUGAGGUUCUUAUAUUAAAAGAGACAUCAGUAAUGCAGGAUUAUACUGAGCAGGAUAGUGACACAACCAGUGCUGGUUCCCAGAUGGAUAAGAUUGGCAAAAGAAGCUCAUUUACAUGGAAGGUGGAGAAUUUCCUGGCUUUUAAGGAAAUAAUGGAGACCCGGAAAAUCUUUAGCAAAUUCUUUCAAGCUGGUGGAUGCGAGCUUCGAAUUGGUGUAUAUGAGUCUUUUGACACCAUAUGCAUCUAUUUGGAAAGUGAUCAGUCAGUUGGUAGUGAUCCAGAUAAAAACUUUUGGGUUAGAUAUAGGAUGGCUGUGGUGAAUCAGAAGAACCCAGCCAAAACUGUGUGGAAAGAGUCCUCUAUAUGUACAAAGACGUGGAAUAAUUCUGUUUUGCAAUUCAUGAAGGUUUCAGAUAUGUUGGAAGCAGAUGCAGGGUUUCUUGUUCGUGACACUGUUGUCUUUGUUUGUGAAAUAUUGGAUUGCUGCCCUUGGUUCGAGUUUUCAGACCUGGAGGUUUUGGCUUCAGAAGAUGACCAGGAUGCUUUGACAACUGAUCCUGAUGAACUUAUUGAUUCCGAAGACAGCGAAGGGAUAAGUGGUGAUGAAGAGGAUAUUUUUAGGAACCUACUUUCUAGAGCUGGUUUUCACCUCACAUAUGGAGACAAUCCUUCCCAGCCGCAGGUCACUCUGCGAGAAAAGCUGCUAAUGGAUGCUGGUGCAAUUGCUGGUUUCCUGACUGGACUCCGUGUUUAUCUUGAUGACCCUGCUAAAGUAAAACGCUUGCUGCUUCCAACCAAACUCUCUGGCAGCAACGAUGGUAAAAAGGUUGCAAAGAGUGAUGAAUCUUCCCCUAGUUUGAUGAACUUGCUGAUGGGAGUAAAGGUUUUGCAGCAGGCAAUUAUUGAUUUACUUUUGGAUAUAAUGGUUGAGUGUUGCCAACCUACAGAAGGAAGUUCUAACAGUGAUUCUUCCGAUGCAAACUCAAAAUCUUCCCCAGAUGGAAGUGGAGCUACUAGUCCACUGCAAUCUGAUAGAGAAAAUGGAGUAACAGAAUCUGUCCAAUUUCCUAUUUUUGAGAGAUUGGAUUCUGGUGUUGAUGAAAGUACCAGUGCAUCUGCUGUACAAAGUUCUGACAUCAACGGGAUCCGUAUACUUGGAAAAGCUAUUCCUGGACAGCCUAUUUCUCCACCAGAAACAUCUGCUGCAGGUUCAGAAAAUGUGUGUCUUCGCUCAAAGACUAAGUGGCCUGAGCAGUCUGAGGAACUCUUAGGAUUGAUUGUAAACUCACUGAGAGCACUGGAUGGAGCUGUACCACAAGGCUGUCCUGAACCACGACGCAGGCCUCAGUCUGCUCAAAAGAUCACUCUUGUGCUGGAUAAAGCUCCUAAGCAUUUGCAGCCAGACUUAGUUGCUUUGGUACCCAAGUUGGUUGAACAUUCAGAGCAUCCACUUGCUGCUUUUGCACUCCUGGAACGACUUCAAAAGCCAGAUGCAGAGCCUGCCAUACGUAUACCUGUAUUUGGUGCUCUUAAUCAACUGGAGUGUGGUAGUGAAGUCUGGGAACGAGUUUUGUUCCAAUCUUUUGAGCUUUUGACAGAUUCAAAUGAUGAGCCUCUUGCUGCCACUAUAGAUUUCAUUUUCAAAGCUGCAUCACAGUGUCAGCAUCUCCCUGAAGCAGUCAGAUCUGUUCGUGUUAGGCUAAAAAGUUUGGGUGUAGAUGUUUCUCCUUGUGUCCUUGAGUUUUUGAGUAAAACUGUAAAUAGUUGGGGAGAUGUUGCUGAAACCAUACUUAGAGACAUUGAUUGUGAUGAUGAAUUUAGUGACAGUUGUUCUACAAUGCAUAGUGGGCUUUUCUUAUUUGGUGAUCAUGGGCCUACUUCUGAAAGGUUGCAUUUGGCAGAUGAGCAGGCUUUUCAUGCUAGUUGUCAUUUUUCCGACAUUUAUAUCCUGAUUGAAAUGUUAUCCAUACCUUGUCUAGCUGUUGAAGCUUCUCAGACGUUUGAGAGAGCUGUAGCUCGAGGUGCCAUUGCGGCACAUUCUGUAGCCGUGGUUUUGGAAAGGCGCCUUACACAAAGAAUAAAUCUUAAUGCUAGAUUUGUUGCUGAAAAUUUUCAUCAUUCUGAGGGUGUUGUAGAAGGAGAGGCCAAUGAACAGCUGAGAGUUCAACAAGACGAUUUUACUUCAGUUCUUGGUCUCGCUGAGACUUUGGCCCUCUCUAGAGAUCCUUGUGUGAAGGAAUUUGUGAAGAUGCUAUAUACACUGUUGUUCAAAUGGUAUGCUGAUGGGUCUUAUCGUGGGAGAAUGCUAAAGAGACUUGUUGAUCGUGCCACCAGUACUGGUACUACAGAUAAUAGUCAUGAAGUAGAACUAGAUUUAGAUAUUUUGGUAACUUUGGCUUGUGAGGAGCAAGAAAUUAUCAGACCAGCUUUAAGCAUGAUGCGGGAGGUGGCUGAACUUGCUAAUGUUGAUCGUGCUGCUCUUUGGCAUCAGUUAUGUGCUAGUGAAGAUGAAAUUAUGCGCAUGCGGGAGGAAAAGAAAGCUGAAGUUGCCAAUAUGGUUAGGGAGAAAGCUAUUGUAUCUCAAAAGCUGAGUGAAUCUGAGGCCACUAACAAUCGUCUUAAGUCUGAAAUGAAAGCUGAGUUGGACCGCUUUGCCCGGGAAAAGAAGGAGCUUUCUGAACAAAUACAAGAAGUAGAGAGUCAGCUUGAUUGGCUUCGUUCAGAGCGAGAUGAUGAAAUUACAAAGCUCUCUGCUGAGAAGAAGGUACUUCAAGAUCGUCUUCAUGAUGCGGAAACUCAAAUCUCUCAACUGAAGUCUCGAAAACGGGAUGAAUUGAAGAAAUUGGUGAAGGAGAAAAAUGCUCUUGCUGAGAGGUUGAAGAGUGCGGAGGCUGCUCGCAAGAGAUUUGAUGAAGAACUAAAACGAUAUGCCACAGAGAAUGUGACGCGAGAGGAAAUCCGGCAAUCUCUUGAGGAUGAAGUUCGACGAUUGACACAAACAGUUGGACAGACUGAAGGAGAAAAGCGGGAGAAGGAGGAGCAGGUUACUCGAUGUGAGGCUUAUAUCGAUGGGAUGGAAUCAAAAUUGCAGGCCUGCCAGCAAUAUAUUCAUACUCUGGAGGCCUCACUUCAAGAGGAAAUGUCUCGACAUGCUCCACUCUAUGGUGCUGGUUUAGAAGCUCUAUCAAUGAAGGAGUUGGAGACACUGUCACGUAUACAUGAAGAAGGGCUAAGACAAAUUCAUGCUCUUCAACAGCGUAAAGGCAGUCCAGCAGGCAGUCCUCUUGUGAGCCCCCAUACACUUGCACACAAUCAUGGUUUGUACCCUGCUGCACCGCCCCCAAUGGCUGUUGGAUUGCCCCCGUCGCUCAUCCCGAAUGGUGUUGGGAUCCACAGCAAUGGGCACGUUAAUGGAGCAGUUGGACCAUGGUUCAACCAUACUUGAAUCUGGCCACAGCCAUAUUGAUGCUGAUACAGGCAUUGAUUCACCCAAUAUUUUAAAUUUUUUUCCCCAGUUAUUUCUUGGCAUUUUGACUGGUAGAACUGUUGGUACACGAGGGGAAAGCGGAAAACAAAGAUGGAAGAUGGAUGGGAGGGGGUUUAGAGCUUUAGAGAGUAAUUGAAUGAGGAAGUGGAGGGUCAAUGUCCCAAUAGAACUAACAGUUGCAAAUGCCAUUCUCAUUUGCAUCUUUAUUUAUUUUUAAUUUUUUCCCUCUUUCCUUUAAAAGUUAAUGAUAGGCCUUUUUGAAAAGUUUUGCUGAAUAUUUCUUUUCUUUUUUGGAUUUUUAAACCUCUCUUCGGUUAAACUACAUGAAUCUUGAAAUUUUGGGGCUGGUGGUGAUAUACCAUUGGUGGAGAAUCACUAUCCAGCGUCGUAGUCGGGCUACUAUGAGAGGUCUAAAUUUUCAUGGGGUUUGGAGAACUGGAUUCCCACCUCUAGGCUCACCAGAGGCCCAAUUGAAAGUUUUUGAAAUAGGAUGGUAUCGGGCCCCAGGGUUAAUAAUCAACUUGGAGUUGGCCCGAAAUUGAAGGUAUUCUGUUUCUAUAUUUCUAUUAGCAAACUUAUUAAUGAUAUAAUUCAUCUUUAAAAGGAAUUUUUAUCU